AUGCUGAUUUAUGAUGGGCUCCACUAUGAUGCUUUGGCUAUAUCUCCCUCGGAAGGAGCUCCAGAAGAAUUUGAUCAGACAAUAUUUGCUGCAAAGGACAGGACCGUUGGGCCUGUUGAGAGGCUUGCUCUCAACCUUGUCAAGGAACAACAAAGGAAAAGGAGUUACACAGACACUGCCAACUUCAGUUUGCGAUGUGGGGUUUGCUACAUUGGAGUCAUUGGCCAGAAGGAGGCAAUGAAGCAUGCACAAGCGACAGGCCAUGUCAACUUUCAAGAAUAUAGAUAAGAGAAACCAAGAGAGAGGAGACAGAAAUCAAACCUAUUGGCUUUUGAUGUGCUACGUACCUAGAUUGUAUGGUUUAGGAAAUAAGUUUUUAUUAAUUUGUUGAAGUUCGACCAAUAAACUUAUCUAUUUUUUUUGGGUUAACUGUUGUGUAAUGUUGUAUUGUGUUGUACCAAAUGACCAGUUUACACCUGCCAUAAAUGAGAAACCAUGGUUCCUCUCUACAUCCUUAUCUCAACAUUACAGCCCAAUUAGAACUGAAGAUAUUGUGUUGUAAAGACAUGUCAUACACAGGGCUGUCUAUAUCCCUUGUAAACAGG